AUGGGGCUUUUCUCAGAGAUGUGGCAAGCGGUCUUUCCAUGCGUCAGGAAAUUUCUGGGCAUCCUGGCAUGGCUUUCCAUCUGGCAGACGCUGGCAGUGGACGAUGGGCGCUGGUGCGAGAGACUGGUCCAGGUGCGGGAGGAAGACGUGGUGAGUGUGCGACGGGAAGACGUGGUGCCUUGCGUGGAGGUCUACCACUACACCAGGGCCGGUUGGCACCUCGACCGGGACAGGACCCGCCGAGACUCCGGGCCAGGGGGGACCCUGUGCUACAUUUACAAGAACGAGGACCCCGGGCCCGUCACUUGGAACCGGACAGUGCGCGCAUGCUGCGACGGUUGGACAGGGCCCCAUUGCAGCGAGGGAACGGCAUCGGUGGGCUUCUGUUUCUCCACUGGGCAGUGCCAGGAUGGGCCCCGGUUGCAAAACCUCUCGCUCUUCGGCAUGUCCGAAUGCUGUAGCCUCUCGUGGGGACGCAGCUGGCGAAACGCCACUUCUGGGCUCUGUUUUACUUGCUCUAGGGAGCCCCUGAAAGGUGAGUUGCCCCAGGCCCCUCCCUCCCUCGCCGGGUUGGUUGGGGAGAGAGGACCCACCCUGAGCGCUGUGUCUCCGCCGUCCCUGCUCCGGCCACCCACCUCCUUGGUGCUUCUGGCUCGACAGAGAUACCAUAAUCCCCCCUUCGCCACCUGUCUCACCUGGGACGGUUUGCACUACCGCACCUUCGACGGGAAACAUUUCCGCUUUGGGGGGAACUGCACCUAUGCCCUGGCUGCCGCUUCCGAUGGCACCUGGGCCGUCUAUGUCUCUUCCAGCAGCGGGGGCUGCAUGCCAGGCCUGUGUCGACGGGAUCUCCGCAUCCUUUUCGGACUCGACUUGGUAACGGUUCACGGCCACAAUGUCUCGCUUAAUGGCGUCAUGGUACCCGAGAGGGAACCGCUCCUGCAAAAGGGGAUCAGCGUCUGGUGGCUGGGGGACUUCCUUUUUGUGGACAGUGGCCUGGGGGUCCGAGUCAAAUUUGACGGACGCAGCACAGUGCACGUCACUGUUGGGAUCACCCUGCAAGGUGCCACCCGCGGGCUGUGCGGCGUCUACAAUGACAACCCUGCAGAUGAUUUCCAGCGCAUGGGAGGGGACGUAGUCACGCUGGCGGCCAGUUUUGGCAAUUCGUGGCGCAUUCCAGAGACCGGGCUGAGUUCGUGUAGAGACGCCGCGGAAGGACCGCACCGCUGCGACACUGUGCAGGAUGGCGAAGUUCAGGAAGCCGCUGAGGCUAUUUGCCAAAAGUUACUCUCUGGUCCUUUCAGCCAGUGUCAUACGCAGGUAGACCCCCACAGUUUCUACGACACCUGCAAGUAUCUGUUGUGCAACCGACAGGCAGGGCAUGUUGUCGCCUGCGAGACCUUUGCCAGCUACGCCCGCGAGUGCGCCCAGCGAGGGGUCUUCAUCAACUGGAGAAGGGCUGGUUUUUGUGAGAAACCAUGUGGCCCAGGACAACGCUACACAGAUUGCGUGUCCUCCUGUCCGGCCAACUGUGCAGCGGUGGGCACAGUGGCUGGAGACCACUGCCGACAGGAGUGCGUAAGUGGCUGCGAAUGUGUCCCAGGACUCUAUCUGGAGGAGGGGUCUUGCGUCCCUCGAAGCCAGUGUCCCUGUUUCCACCGCCGGCAGAGGUUCCGCACGGGAGAGAUGCUACAGCAGCACUGCAACCUGUGCACAUGCCGAGGGGGUCAGUGGGUCUGUUCGCAGGAUCGGUGCGCCAGGGAGUGCCUCCUCCAUGGACGUCUCCAUUACCUGACCUUCGACAGGAAGCGUUACUCCUUCCGCGGUGCCUGCCACUACAUCCUGGUGCAGGAUUUUAUGGAUGGGAAAAUCCAGAUCCAAGUGGAGAACGAGCCAUGCGGGAACCAGGGCGCAGUCAGCUGUCUCCGGGCUGUGACCAUCACUGUGCAGAAGACCUCGGCGCGGCUGUCUUUCUCAGGGGCUGUCUCCGUGAAUGGCCAGGACGUUGCCCUCCCAUUUGGCAAUGCUGACCUGACUAUCCGCCGUGCCUCCUCCGCUUUCUUGCUCCUCCAGGCCUUCGGGGCUCACCUGCUCUGGGGCCUGGAGUUCCCCGCUGCCUACAUCACUCUCCAGCCCGGCUUCGCCCACAAGGUCCGAGGCCUUUGUGGGACCUACAACUGGAACCAACAGGACGAGUUCACCACCCCAGAGGGUGAUGUGGAGCCUGGCGUGGCUGCUUUCGCCCACAAGUUCCAACUCCCCCACGCCUGUCCCCCCACUGCUGAUGUCCUCUUUGAUUCCUGCAGCACGUACACUCAACGGCGGCAGUACGCCGAGACGGCUUGUGCGGCCAUCCACAGCGCACCCUUCCAGCUCUGUCACAACCUAGUAGAGCGGGAACCCUUCUACCAGCUGUGUUUGGAAGACGUGUGCAGCUGUUCUGCUGAGGACAACUGUCUUUGUGGUGCCCUGGCUGCCUACGCCCGCCAGUGUGCCCAGGAGGGGGCUCUCGUGGCCUGGAGGAACCAGAGCUUCUGCCCGGUGCAGUGCUCCGGGGGCCAGGUCUACCGAGAAUGCGCCACCCCCUGUGGAAGAACCUGCACCGACUUCCCUGCAGAAAAAUUUGGCGUCUGCGAGGACCUCAACCCUGCCUGUGUGGCUGGAUGCAACUGCCCGGAAGGCCUGGUGCUGGACCACGAAGGGCAAUGUGUCCAGCCGGCCAUGUGUCCUUGCCUACACCAGGAGAAGGCUCACCCGCCCGGCAGCAAGAUCCAGAGGAGUUGCAAUAGCUGUGUUUGCGUGAACGGGGCCUGGAGUUGCACAGAGGAGACCUGUCCCGAUGCAGUGCUUUGUCCUGGAGAGCUUGUCUAUUCCUUCAACGCCUGUCUCCUCACCUGCGAGAGUCUCCUGAGCAACCUUAGCUGUGACGGUGCCUCCGAUGGCUGCGUGUGUCCUCCUGGCACUGUCUUCCUGAACGAAUAUUGCGUGUCCCCAGAGGAAUGCCCCUGUCACCACAACGGCCACCUCUACCAGCCCAAUGAGACCAUCGCCAGGGACUGCAACACUUGCAUUUGCAGAAAGCAGCGCUGGGAAUGCAGCCGCCACAACUGUGCGGCAACCUGCAUAGCCACCGGAGAUCCGCACUACAUAACCUUUGACAGGCGGGUGUACACAUUCCUGGGGGACUGCGAGUACAUCCUGGUCCGUGAGAACAGUGGCGCCUUCACCGUCACUGCCGAGAACGUCCCCUGCGGCACCAGUGGCACCACCUGCACUAAGUCGGUGGUAGUGCUGAUCGGCAGCAUGACGGUUCACCUGCUCCGAGGAAAGGACGUGACUGUGAACGGCGUCUCGGUGCGGCUGCCCAAGACCUACAGCGGGAACGGGCUGACCUUGGAAAGAGCUGGACUGUUUCUGGUGCUCCUCACUCAAAUGGGGUUGACGGUGCUCUGGGAUGGAGGCACUCGGGUCUACAUCAAACUGGAAGCCAAGUACCAAGGCCGAGUGGCUGGACUCUGUGGGAAUUUUGACGGUGAUGCAGAGAACGACUUCUCCAGUCAACAAGGCAUCGUGGAGCCCACGGCUGACCUUUUUGGCAACUCCUGGCGCAUCAGCCUCCUGUGUCCUGAAGUCAACGCCGAGGACUUUGAACAUCCCUGCACGGUGAAUUCUCACCGUGCAACGUGGGCUCGGAAGCGCUGCGGGAUCCUCCUUCAGGAUCUCUUUGCCCGAUGCCGUGAGGAGCUGCCCUGCCAACAGUUUUAUGAGUGGUGUGUUUUCGAUGCCUGCGGGUGUGACUCUGGAGGGGACUGUGAAUGCCUCUGUACGGCUAUUGCAACUUACGCUGAGGAGUGCAUCCAACGAGGAGUCUCCAUACGCUGGAGAAGCCAGGAACUGUGCCCUCUACAGUGUGACCACGGGAUGGAGUAUGACCCCUGUGGCCCCGCCUGCCCACCAACCUGCCAGAACUUCGGCCUGGAGCCCACCGAACACUGCCCCAUGGAGAUGGUGUCCUGUGUGGAGGGGUGCUUCUGUCCAGAAGGCAAAGUGUUGCAUGGUGGACGCUGCAUUGAUCCAUCGGAAUGCCCUUGCUUCUGGGAGGGCACCCAGUUUCCACUGGGGGCACUGGUGAUGCAGGAAUGCAGGAACUGCUCAUGUGAGGCAGGCCUAUGGCAAUGUACUUCCCCUCUGGAGACUUGCAGUGCCCCCUCCCACUGUGCCGAAUCGGAAUUUGCUUGCCAUACGGGCGGGCGUUGCGUCCCGAAGGCCUGGAUUUGUGACAAUGAAGACGAUUGUCGGGACGGUUCGGACGAAUUCUGCCCCUCGAGCUGUACUCCAGACCAAUACCGGUGUGGCGAUGGGCAGUGCAUCCCCUGGGAAUACCACUGUGAUGGCACCGCAGACUGCGCCGACCACUCAGAUGAAAAGGACUGCCCCUCGCCCGGAUGCUCUCCGCAGGAGUUCCGAUGCAACAACGGCCGCUGCAUCGCUCGCCGGGACCGCUGUGAUGGGGAGCUGGAUUGUGGGUUUGCUGAUCCCUCAGACGAGAUAGAUUGUGGACCAGCCUGCAGGCUGAGCGAGUUCCGUUGUGCGGCCGGGCGCUGCUUGCCGUACCUGCACCGCUGCGACGGGCAUGAUGACUGCGGUGAUUUUAGUGAUGAACGCAACUGUGCCUGCCCUCCUGGAGAGUUCCAGUGCCCGAGUGGUCAGUGCCUUCCCAAAGCUCUGGUUUGCAACGGCCGGCAGGACUGUCCCUCUGGCAUGGAUGAGACUUUCUGCCCAGGUCCGGUAAUGUGUGCUCCGGGCCAGCUAGCUUGUCCAAAUGCCACUUGUGUGAGCCGUACACAGGUGUGCGAUGGGGUACAUGACUGUGAGGACGGUACCGAUGAGGACCCGUCUCGGUGUCCAGGGAUACAGGCCACUCCUCUUCUGCCCACUGUUCCACCAGCUUCUCCUGGAACCCGACAGCCUGUCAUCAACAGGACCCUGGGGCCACCCUGCGGGCGAUAUGAGUUCCACUGCCACAGCGGGGAGUGCCAGCCGCGGGGCUGGGUGUGUGACAAUGAAGCAGACUGCCUGGAUGGCAGUGACGAGCUUCACUGCAACCGCACAUGCGAACUGGACCAGUUCCCUUGCGCCCACGGGGCAGAGUGCAUCCACUACCAACAGCUCUGCGAUGGCGUCCCACACUGCCAGGACCAGUCCGAUGAGAGCAUUGACACCUGCGGCUCCACGCAGAUCCCCCCUUGCCCUGGGUUCUUCAUCUGCAAUGAUCGGUUGUGCAUCAACGUAUCCCGGGUGUGUGACGGCUCGCCCGACUGCUCCCAGGGAGAAGACGAGCUCGCCUGCGAAAUCCCGGUGGCUCCACCAGGUGGAAGGAAUCAGACGGUCGGACCGUGUCCGGAAUAUUCCUGUGGUGAUGGGGCCUGCAUUGCCUUUAAACAGGUGUGCAAUGGACUGGCCAACUGCGCGGAUGGCACGGAGGCUUCAGGUUGGCUGCCCUCCGAUGAGCGGGACUGUGGCCUCUGGACCCCCUGGGCAGCCUGGAGCAUGUGCAGCCGCUCGUGCGGCACGGGACUCCAGAUCCGCCGGAGGAGCUGCACACGGCGAGCGGACGACGUCCUCCGUCACUGCCUCGGAGAGGAGACCCAGGCCCAGCAGUGCUUCCUGGUGGCUUGUCCCGUUGAUGGCCAAUGGCGCGAAUGGGCUACGUGGUCCAACUGCACUGAGGACUGCCGUGGGGUGGUGGUGCGUCACCGCGAAUGCCUCCCAUCCCAGAACGGAGGCCGCCACUGCACUGAAGGGCCAGAUGGAUCCGCUGGUUCAAUAGAAAUCCAAUUGUGUCAACGCGAGGACUGUCUCAAUGCCUCCACUUGCCCGGGAGAGCUGGUGAGCCAGAAGUGCGCCCCUUGUCCCACCUCCUGCACCGAGCUCUCCAGCCGUACAAGAUGCCGGAAGGACAGGCCCUGCCGACCAGGCUGCUGGUGUCCGGAAGGCCUGGUCUUGAACAGCGAGCAGCAGUGUGUGCGUCCGCGAGAGUGCCCUUGCCUAGUGGCUGGCGUCCACUACUGGCCUGGCCAACUGGUCAAAGUCAACUGCCGGAUCUGCACUUGCCAAGAAGGACAGAUGAAACGUUGCCGUCAGAAUCCGGAAUGUACAGUGAACUGCGGCUGGUCAGCAUGGUCGCCGUGGGGCGAAUGCCUGGGUCCCUGUGGGGUGCAGAGUAUCCAGUGGUCCUUCCGUAGUCCCAACAACCCCACCAAGCAUGGCAACGGACGGCAGUGCCGGGGCAUUUACCGCAAGGCCAGGAGAUGCCAGACGGAGCCAUGUGAAGAGUGCGAACACCACGGCCGGACUCACGCCAUUGGUGACCGCUGGCGUUCCGGCCAAUGCCAAGUCUGUCAGUGUUUGCCAAAUCUCACUGUCCAAUGCUCCCAGUACUGUCCCUACAGCGCGGUGGGCUGCCCCGAGGGCCGGGUGCUGGUGAAGGGCCGAGCGGACACCUGUUGUUACUGCAUGGAAGGGGGGGAGAACCAGACAGCCAUCCCAAGCGCUCCACCUCUGGGACCCCUGGAGACCACCCCAGCCAGCUCCGCCGCCUUCCCCACAGCUCCUCCACUCAGCACGUACUCCCUGCCUCCACUGGGCGAUCUCUGCUAUGGCCCGCUGGGCAUUGCCUCGCUGCCAGAUGCCAGCUUCACCGCCUCUGCACAACAGCCGGAGAACCCAGCACAUGCUGCUCGCCUCGGCCGUCUGCUGCCCGGGGCCGAUUUGCAGGGUUGGGCCCCUCCGGCAGAAGUGUAUCCGGAGCUGCUCUCUCGGCCCCCCUUCCUGCAAGUGGAUUUGGGGGAGCCCAAGAACCUGACAGGAGUCGUGAUCCAAGGAGCAGGAACCUCAGAUGCCUAUGUGACCAGCUUCUUCCUCCGGUUCAGCCUGGAUGGUGCAAGAUGGCAUGACUACCAAGAGCUCUUCCAAGGAAACUCUGACGACUCGACUCCUGUGGCCCGGACCUUCCAGCGCAUGGUGCACGCCCGACACGUGCGCCUCUUGCCCCACGACUUCCACAACGGCAUCUUCCUGCGCCUGGAGCUGUUGGGUUGCAAAAAAGUUUCCCCAGAGCAACCAGGGUGGCCCACGUCCCCUCCAGGAUGGAGGCCUUGCUGGGCCGGCGAGUUCGAAUGCCGGAAUGGACGCUGUGUGCCAGCCGGACCCCACGGAGCCAUUUGCAAUGGAGUUGACGACUGCGGGGACUUCUCAGACGAGCUGCGCUGCGGUGUGGCCCCCUCCCUGGAACCCCCCACCCCAGAGGGCUGCCCAGCUCCCCGGUUCCCCUGCACCUUUUUCUACCUCUGCCUUGAAGCCAGCCAGAGGUGUGACGGAGUGGCUCACUGCCCGGAUGGCACCGACGAGAUCGGCUGUGCGGCUAUGAGCAGCGUGCCACUGCCUGGCGUCCUGAGCCCGUGGACUUCAGAAAAACAUUUCCAGGUCUCUGUGACCCCGCCCACCGCGGUGUCCGCAGGUGGAAGGCCAUCACCUGAGGCCCACAGUCCCACUCCACCAGGUUCUUGCAACGAGCCGCUCGGCCUGGAGGAUGGCCGAGUUCGCUACCAGCAGUUGACAGCUUCCUCCCACCAGGAAGGACAUUCCCCAGAUGCCGGACGGCUGAACAGGGUGCCCAGUGUAUGGAACACAGAGCCGGGAUGGAGCCCGCUCCGGUCUGACCCCAACCCCUACUUCCAGGUGGAUCUUCUCCAGCCCUUCUUCAUCACCGCGGUGGCCACUCAGGGUGGAGGCAGUUCUGGGGGAUUCGUUGUACGUUAUCGCCUGCUUUAUAGCAAUGAUGGGGUCCAUUUUUGGAACUACACCAAGCCUGGAUACAGCCCAGCUACGUCCCUGCAGGCACAGAUCGUCCAAGUUGCAGAGGCUAGAGCCCGAAAGGCUAUAACCCAAAAAGUCCGGAGUCCAUACUCAGAAGAGGGCCGGGAAACGGGCCAGAGGCUAGAGGCCAGCCGGCAAGACGAAUUGGCCGAAAAACGGCCGAAAAAACGGCGACUCAUUGCCCCACCUCCGAGCCUAAAAACAUGGCCGCCCGAAUCCACCGCUUACCUACCCGGCCUCGUUCUCGGCAGCCAUAUGUGUGAGAAAGUCCAGAGACCUCUCCUAUGGCUGCCCGAGAUUCUGGAGGGGAAUUCUGACGGCAGCACCCUGAAACGGCAGGAGCUCAGCCUCACUCUCCUCGCCCGUUUCCUACGCUUCGUGCCCGUGGAGUAUCAUCAAAGCAUUUCCUUGCGCCUGGAGGUGUUUGGCUGCUCCUGGAAGACAGAACGCGCCGAGGGCCGGUUGACCGCUGCCAGCCACAGCCCUGCCCCAGGAGUAAUCCGUACGAGACCCACCGCAGCCCCCUCUCCUCCAGAGAAGCCCCUUGGCACCCCUGCCUGGUUGCCGCCUUUCACCAAACCAGAGACUGCGGCAGUUUCCCAGACCAGCAAAGCAGGACUGACGCCUUCUCGAGAGUUCCAGAAAACUACCAUGCCAGCUGCCUUGUCCACGGCGAUGCCCGGCAUUCGCUGGACCACUUCCCGGCCACUGGAGACUCUUGGAUCAAGCAGCGCUUCAGGACUGCCCACGUGGCAUGUUCUUCCACACCGCCCUGGAACCCCUGGAUGGAGGCCCACCUUGUCAGUGCCGACUCUCAUGCCCUCGGCUGGGAUGGCCCGGGUCCUUUGUACGCAAGGACAGUUUGCCUGCGAGACCUUUGGCUGUGCGGAGGCCGUUUCUGUCUGUGACGGGCAGCCAGAUUGUGCCGACGGCUCAGACGAGACCCACUGCGGUGGUCCCACGGCCCCCACAGUCCACACCCUGGGGCCCCCGAUCCCGGCGGGGGGGCCCGGCACCUGCUCCUCCAAGCAAUUCUCCUGCCAGAGUGGGGAGUGCCUGAACCCUGAACGCCGCUGUGACCUGCGCCAGGAUUGCCAGGACGGCUCUGACGAAGCCAACUGCGUGGACUGCAUCCUGUCUCCCUGGAGCCCCUGGAGCGAGUGCAGCCGGUCCUGUGGGCUGGGGGUGACCUUCCGGCGACGCGACCUGCUCCGCAAUGCUCUCCCGGGAGGACGUUGCGACCGGGAUGAAUUUGACAGCCGCUCCUGCUUCCUCGGAGCCUGUCCAGUGAACGGAGUCUGGGCCUCCUGGGGCGAAUGGUCAGACUGUGAUGCUGAGUGCCGGGGCGGCGUCAGGAGUCGCACCCGGACCUGCGCUGACCCCCCACCCAAGAACGGAGGACAGCUCUGUCCCGGAGACGCCGUCCAGAUGGAGACAUGCAACCAACAGCCCUGCGGAGAUGCCCGCGACUGCGGCCCAGACAUGGUCUUCGUACAAGCUGGGCAUUGCGCCCGUGGCCUGGUGGAUCCUUGCCCACAGACUUGCCGCCAAUUGAGUGUCCAGAAAUCCUGCCAGAGCAGCUGCGUGGAGGGGUGCCGUUGUCCCCCUGGUCUCUUCCUGCAGGAGGGGGGCUGUGUGAACGUGAGCCAGUGCCACUGCUUCUUCGACCACGAACACCGUCGGCCGGGAGAGAUCUUCCUGCGGGAUAACUGCAGCCAGUGCGUUUGUCUGGAUGGCACGGUGACCUGUGACUCGGUGGCCUGUCCCGUGAAGUGCGGCUGGUCGGCUUGGUCUCCGUGGACCCCCUGCAGCCGGAGUUGCGGAAUUGGAAUGCAGCAAAGGUUCCGAUCCCCCUCCAACCCGGCGGCGGCCAAUGGAGGUGCCCCGUGCCAAGGAGAUGCCCAGGAGGUGCGCGAGUGCCACACAAUCUGCACUACAGAAACGGCCUUGCUCUGGAGUGACUGGACUCCGUGGUCUCCCUGUUCCAAGACCUGCUUCUACGCCCCAGAUCUGGUUGGCAUGCGAAAACGAUUCCGGCAUUGCAACGGUACCUCACAGGCCGUGGGGUGUGAUGGUGAGACCGUGCAGGAAGAGGAGUGUGACACACCUCUCUGCCCGGUGGAGGGGAUCUGGACUCCUUGGUCGGCCUGGUCUCCCUGCUCGGCACUCUGCGACUCUGGGGUGCAAACUCGCAACCGCACCUGCUCCAAGCCUUCCUAUGGGGCUCCGGGAUGCUCGGGCCCACUGAUCCAGACCCAGGAUUGCAACACGCAGCCCUGCAGAGCGCAGUGCCCGGCCAAUAUGGUCUACUUGACGGUGGAGGAGUGCCGGCGGAAAGGAGGCGCUUGCCCCCGGCUCUGCUUGGACUGGGACACCCAGGUGGAGUGCACCUCCCCUUGCCGGGACGGCUGCCAUUGCCCCGAGGGGCUCUUCCUCCAGAAUGGAACUUGCGUGCCGUUCAGCCAGUGCCCAUGUUACUACCAAGGGGAGAGUUACCCGCAAGGCACCACCGUCCGCCGAGACUCUUGCAACAACUGCACCUGCCAGGAGGGGGCGAUGGUAUGCAGCACAGAACCUUGUCCAGGCAACUGCAGCUGGACCUCCUGGUCUGUUUGGAGCUCCUGCAGUCGGACUUGCAACGUGGGUACCCGUCGGCGGUAUCGUGCCGACGCUGAGCUGGAAGGGCAGAACUGCCAGGGGUCCAAGGUAGAGAUUGAAUUCUGCAGCCUGCAGCCCUGCCCAGAAUGGGGCCCCUGGUCGGCCUGCUCGGUGCCCUGCGGGGGCGGCUACCGGAACCGGACAAGAGCCAGCAUCAGCAUCUUGGGACGGAUUGACUUCUCAACCUGCAACCUUCAGCCCUGCAAAGGUGAGGUUCCGGGCACCUGUCCGGUGGGGAAAGUAUGGCGAAAGUGUGCCGAAGGGCCGGCUUCCUGCGCAGAACUCAGCAUGGACGACGACACUGGACACACGACGUGCCAGCCAGGGUGCUACUGCCCCAAUGGCACCGUCUCGCUGAACAAUAUGUGCGUGCUGGCGGAGGCCUGCCCGUGUGCCGUAGAGGGGAGGAUCUAUGCUCCCGGUGAAUCGGUGGCUAAAGGUUGUGAGAACUGUUCCUGCGUCGGUGGGCAGGUGGCAAAUUGCAGCCGGGAAACCUGCGGCGAUGUGAAUGGUCAGUGGUCUGAAUGGACCCCCUGGAGUGAAUGCUCGGCGUCCUGCGGGCUGGGACUACAAAACCGAUACCAUUUCUGCACGGAUCCUGCCCCUUCCGGGAUCGGAUUGCCCUGCCUAGGUCCGGAACGCGAAGACAAAGCCUGCCAGCUCCAGCCGUGUGCCCGGCCUGGGGAUUGGGGGUUUUGGAGUCCUUGGACGUCCUGCACAGUCAGCUGCGGGGGGGGCCUGCGGAGCCGGAGCCGAGCCUGCGACAGCCCCGCCCCCCGAGGAGGCGGAGACUACUGCGAGGGACCGCCCACUCAGGUGGAGCCCUGCCACUUGAACCCUUGUCCAGACUUGGACUGUUCCGUUCUGGAAGACUCGGCUUACAGCCGCUGUGGCCCACCCUGUCCUCGCUCUUGUGACGACUUCACGCACUGUGCGUGGGCAUGUGAACCGGGCUGCUACUGCACUGGGGGGAAAGUCUUGCAUGGGAACAGGUCGGCCUGCGUGGAAAAACCGAGCUGCACCUGUUUAGACCUGCGCACUGGUCGACGGCACCCGCCGGGAGAAGUCGUGCCCCAUGCCGAUGGUUGCAACAAUUGUACCUGCUCUGAUGGGAAGCUGGUUUGCACCAACCAGGCCUGUUCAGUGGCGGGCGGUUGGUGUGACUGGGCACCGUGGAGCCCCUGUUCCCGGACCUGUGGCAGUGAGAUGGUGACUCGCUACCGGACUUGCAGCUGCCCCAAGCCCCAGAAUGGAGGCCGUGAGUGCGAGGAGGUCCAGGAGUAUCACGGAGACAGUGGGGUCCAGCUGCAGAGAAGAGCAUGUCUUGUGACCAGUUUCUGCCCAGUCAAUGGCGGCUGGUCCUCGUGGAGCGUCUGGUCUCCCUGCAACGCCUGCCAUGGCGUGUCGACAAGGACUAGGGAAUGCAACAAUCCCCCGGCUCGGUUCGGUGGUACGGCGUGUCUCGGAGAAGCUCACCAAAGCCGGCAGUGCCACGAUGGAGUUACCGCCUGCGAUGACUGCCAAGGUGGCCAGGUGUCGUUCCCCUGUGGCAAGCCGUGUCCGCGCACCUGUGAGGACCAGCAGCCCGAUGCCACCUGCGUGGAGAGUCCUGGCUGCCAACACGCUUGUGCCUGCCCGGAUGGGCAGCUGCUCCAGGACGGCAUGUGCGUGGCACCCUCUUGGUGCCGCUGCAAGUACCAGAUGCCCUGGCUGGGUGUCCCCGAAGAGCGGAACAUCUCCUCCUGGUUGGGGCUUCCCAAAUGGGAGUACGCUCAGCCCGGGGAGACCAUCUACGCACCCUGCCAAAACUGCACCUGUGUAGAUGGGCACUUGCAGUGCCGGGCAGACUCCUGGUGCCGCCUGGACGGUGGGUGGUCCAGCUGGGGACGAUGGUCUCCCUGCAGCCAGACUUGUGGGGAGGGUGUCCAGUACCGUUUCCGGGAAUGCAGCAAUCCGCCCCCACAAAAUGGAGGCCAGGGAUGUGCCGGUGGUGGUGAGCAGCACAGACUGUGCCGGAAUCCAGAAGAGUGCCCAGAGGAGGAAGCCUGGGACCCCUGGACCCCCUGGUCCCCCUGCAGUGUCUCCUGUGGGGGAGGAGAGCAGAUGCGCAGCCGUCGUUGUCACCAGCCAGUUUGCCGGGGUUUGUCCUCACAAAGCAAGACUUGCCACACGCACGUCUGUCUCGAGGUGGGCUGCCCCGUGGGGCGCCUCUACCGGGAGUGCCUGGCCGAAGAAGGGUGUCCCUACAGCUGCGCACACCUCACCCACCAGAUGGACUGCUUCUCGGACGGCUGCGAGGAAGGGUGCCACUGCCCGGCGGGCACCUACCAGCACAAGGGGGCAUGCGUCCAGGAGUGUCCCUGUGUCCUGAGUGAGGAGGUUCUCCAGGGGUUUCGGAGACAUUCGGCCGACACACCUCUGGUCAUCCUCACUGCUGAAGGCCGACACGUCUCCGCAGAAGAAGAAGUCCACCCCAACAGUAUCAUCUCUGCCGCCUGCAGCAACUGCUCCUGUCGCAAUGGCCAGCUGGAUUGCAUGUUUGCCCUCUGCAACGUGGACGGUGGUUUCACGGCUUGGACCCCCUGGUCUCCCUGCUCUUUGACCUGUGGCGGGCUGGGCAACAUGACCAGGACACGCGAUUGCACCCAUCCGAAGCCUGCCAACAGCGGGAAGGACUGUGUUGGCCCUCGGACAGACAUCAAAUACUGCCAGACUCUGGAUUGCAAAGAAAUGACCCACACCACAAUAGGACCAGUCCCAGCGACCCCAGGGGCUGAAGAUGGCGGCCUGACCCCCUGGUCCUCCUGGACGCCCUGUUCCAAGACCUGCAGCGAUCCCGACCUCCCUGCCAUCAAGACCCGACGGCGGUUUUGCCUGAGAGGAAGCGGCUGCACGGGAGACACCGUGCAGGAAAGAGAAUGCAACUUGCCGCAGUGCACAGAGACUCCUGUGUGCGAGGGCAAAGACUGCCUCGGCCUGAACUGCACCUGGAACCGCUGGUCCCCCUGGAGCGAGUGUUCCCGCAGCUGUGGGGUCGGGCAGCAGCAGCGCCUGCGUACUUACCACCCUCCCGGCCAAGGUGGGCACUGGUGCCAAGACAUCCUGACAGCCAACUUAGAGAGGCGUUUCUGUAACCUGCCAGCCUGUAAAGUGGACGGGGCCUGGUCGAAGUGGAGCCCCUGGUCGUGGUGCGACCGGAUCUGUGGGGGUGGGCGUUCCACCCGCACGAGGACCUGCACCAGCCCGCCCCCCAAAAAUGGAGGGCGCCACUGCCCUGGCGAGAAGUACCACGUGCGAGUUUGCAACCCCCAGCCCUGUGAGGAAUCCUGCCCUCCCAUGAUGCUCUGGGUGGGGUGUGCCAACCGGUGCCCCCGGCAUUGCUGGGACCUCCAGGAAGGCAUUGUGUGCCAGGAGAAGGAAGCCUGCGAGCCUGGCUGUCGCUGCCCCGAUGGUACCCUGGAGCAGGAUGGCAUCUGCGUUCCCCUCACCCAUUGUGAGUGCACCGAUGCCCAAGGACACAGCUGGGCGCCGGGCAGCCAGUAUGACGAUGGCUGCAAUAACUGCACCUGUGCCCCUGGAGGGAGGCUUCUCUGCACCAACUACACCUGCUCUCCCACCGAGUGCACCUGGAGUCUCUGGUCCAGUUGGUCCCAGUGUAGCGUCACCUGUGGGAACGGCCUGCGCACCCGCUUCAGGACCCCUAUCUCCGGCUCCUGGGCCCCCGACUGCCUGAAGGAGCAGGUGCAGACCCACCCCUGUGCCUUGGACCCCUGCCCACCUCUGUGCCUGCACGAGGGCCGGGAGACCAGCCUGGGCAGCACCUGGCUCCUGGGGGAGUGCCAGCAGUGCAUUUGCACCCCGGAAGGCAUUUAUUGCCUGGACAUCACCUGCAUAGUGCACGGUGGAUGGACCCCCUGGUCCCCCUGGUCCGACUGUCCAGUGACCUGUGGCGGCAGUAUCCAGAUCCGAACUCGCGCCUGCAUCAACCCACCACCACGCAACCAAGGCUUACCCUGUGUGGGCCCCGACACCCAGAGCCAGAACUGCUCCACCCAAUCCUGCCUAGAAGAUGAGCUGUGUCCCUGGUCGGCAUGGAGCCCAUGCUCGCAGUCCUGUGGCACCGGACUGACCUCACGUACCAGGAGCUGUGUUUGCCCAACUGCUUCAGCAGGCACCGAGGGAGGUCCUUGCACCCAGCGCAGCCAUCCCCAGGAGACGGAGGCUUGUUACUUGCAGGCCUGCAGAGAUUGUCCCUGGAGUCCCUGGACGGUCUGGACUCACUGCUCCUGCAGCUUCCUGGUGCAGCAGCGCUACAGGAACCAGCAAGGCUGGAAAACUGACCGGGAACCGUGCCUGGGACUGGAUGGGCAAUUCCGGAUGUGCAAUUAUUCCCAGUGUUCAGAGUCCAGCUGUGACCCCCCCUUUGAAUUCCGGGCAUGUGGCUCCCCCUGCGACAGCCACUGCUCUACCCUGAAGCACCCGGAGUUGUGCAAGGACAUUCCACGCUGCUUACCUGGUUGUUACUGCCCGCAGGGUCUGUUGGAGCAGAGGGGUUCCUGUGUGCCCCCCGCGCAGUGCGCUUGCCUCCACCCCGACCAGGCAGGGGGCCCCGUCUUCAUGGCGGCCGGAGAAGCCGUUCUGAUUGGCUGCAAGAAAUGUGUGUGCCAGGGGGGAGAGCUGCAGUGCAGCAGCCAGGAUUGCCAAGGGCUGCUACCGCUCAGCAGCUGGUCUCCAUGGACAGCCUGUUCUGACUGCUUGCCGCUGACCGAGGCCUCCUGGCCUUCCCCACCAGUCCAGGUCUCCAUUCAGUUUCGUUACCGGUUCUGCCUGGAUCCGCAGACCAGCCAAAUUUGGAAGGGUCCAGACAGCGUUUGUACCGCUGAGCUGGAGCAGCAACAGCUUUGCAUUGAUGAGACCGGGGCCUGCCAAGAUUUCUGCCUGUGGAGCGACUGGGGGGCGUGGAGCCCCUGUCGGGCACCCUGCAGCGGGGGUUUCCGUCUACGCCAACGGGCUGCCUUGCACUCUGAUGCGGAACUGCGCUGCAAGGGACUACGAUACCAGUCGGAGACUUGCAACAUGGCCCCUUGUCCAGGAGAGGCGUGCGAGGACCGGGGCAAAGUUUAUGAUGCGAAUUGUGCCAACAACUGCCCACGCAUUUGCCUGGAUCUCUGGGAGCACGUCGAGUGUCUGCAGGGGCAGUGCAAGGAAGGAUGCAGGUGUCCUGAAGGGCAGCUUUUGCAGGAUGGCUCCUGCGUGCUGAUCCCGGCUUGUCGCUGCGGUCUCCCCGCGGCGAACGGCAGUGUGGAAGUUCUCCCCGGCCAGUCGGCGGAAUUGGAUUGCCACAACUGCACCUGCCAGAACGGCUCCUUCUCCUGCCCAGAGGAAAAGUGCCCAUCUUACGGUGAGUGGUCGGCGUGGAGCCCUUGCUCGGCCACGUGUGGAGGGGGCACCACUCUGAGGCAUCGGUCGUGCCACGAGAAUCUCCACGGAGCACCCUGCAUGGCUGAAUACAUGGAAGGGACCGCGCGCUGCAACUCGCAGCCCUGCCCAGCUGGCUGCAUGUUCAGCUACUGGACCGCCUGGAGCCCCUGCAGUGCCAGCUGUGGAGGAGGGGUCUCCGAGAGGCACCGCCAGCUGCUGUCCCCUGUGGGAGAGCCCUGCCCUUUCCCGCUACUGCAGCACCGCAUAUGCCACCUGCCGAAUUGCACACUGGAAUGCCCUGGGACCCAAGUCUACCACACUUGUGCCAACAUCUGCCCACACACCUGCUCUGAUCUGUGGCCAGAAAUUCAGUGCCUGCAAGAAGACUGCCAGCCUGGCUGCUUCUGUCCACCUGGCCAGGUGCUGCAGGACGUGCUGUGCAUCCCUCUGGAAGAAUGCCGGUGUGUGAUCGGCCCAGCACCUGCCGUGCCCUGGGCUGCCAACUUAUCCGAGGAAGAGCGCACCCAGGAGCAUGGGCCGGGCACUAUUUUCCAGCAUGAAUGCAACAUCUGUGUCUGCCAGAGGGGCGUCUUCACCUGCACCCAGGAGAACUGUGAUGUGCCCUGCGCCUGGUCCGAGUGGUCUCCAUGGUCCCCCUGCCCUGUGACUUGUGGCUUUGGAGACCAGAUCUCCCAGCGCCACCCGAUCCAGCUGCGCAUGUACAAUGGGGCCGAGUGCCAGGGGCCAUCGGUGCGCCAGGUGCCUUGUGCUCUCCCGGAGUGUGCCUGCCCGGAGGGCGAAUACCACCGCCCCACCAUUCUGCCGAGUGCCUGUGAACGCAGCUGCCAUCAGAUCUAUGAGGAGCUUCCCCAAAACUGCAGCUGGGGGGCGGCACAGUAUGACUGCACCUGUCUGCCUGGGUACUACCGCAACGGCAGUGGACACUGCGUGGUGGCUGCCCAUUGCGAGUGUGAGGAGGGAGGCCGGAUGUACCCGGCUGGAGCAGAAUGGCAUAACGGCUGCGAAAUCUGCCGCUGCGUGAACGGCCAGGCCUUGUGCGAGACCGCCUGCCUGCCUCUCGUCUGCUUCGAGGGCCAAGUCAGAGUGCAGGAGCUGGGGUCUUGCUGCCCUGUCUGCCGUAACGAGUCGGUCGCCGAACCUGACCCGCACUGCCAACACUUCACUGAACGUCGCAACAUUACCAAGGGCCGCUGCUUCUUGGUGGAUGUGGAGGUGGGAUUUUGCAGGGGCCACUGUGCCUCCCACACCAACGUCAUCCCGGAGGAACCCUACCUGGAGACUGUCUGUGACUGUUGCAGUUACCGACUGGAUCCGGUCAGUCCAGUGCGCAUCCUGAACCUGCAGUGCCCAGGCGGCGAGAUGGAGCCCGUGGUUCUCCCAGUUAUCCGCGGGUGUGAAUGCAGCAGCUGCCAAGGUGGAGAUCUCUCCAGACGUUGACCGACACCCUUGUCAGCGUUGGAAGCUACAUACUAGGCCGAAGGCUUCCAUGCUGCCACUUUCCCACACGGGAGGAAAGAGGGGGGGGGGAGUUUCUGGAAGGCUGACACACCUCUCCUCCAUGGAUCCAAGUUGGGGUGCAGCAGGGGCACCCCCACUGCAAAUUCUCCAGCCUUAAAAGUCUUUCUUUUCUUUAUCAUUCAAUAAACCAUUUUAAAACCAUUAUUUCAAUAAACAAUUUCUUUAUCAUUCAAUAAACUUGA